GCAAAAACAUUUACAUUGAAAGAUAACGAAUUAUGUAACCUCUAGUAAUCUGUUCGUUCAUGCUUCUUUUAGCUAUCGAUAUCUGUAAUGACGUGCAUCGGUCAGGAACAAGAUCAAGAAAAUUCAACAUGUUACAAAACAGUUAUGAAGGAGGAAAUUACAAGCCAGUAUGCAUUGUUAACGACAGGAACCGGUUGGUGGUUUCUUAACAAAUUAAACAGAACACAGAGAAGACUAAUAACAAAACAGAUUCCAGUUCAAGUAAAUGUGUGUUGCCAAGGAUACGAAAACAUAUCAGGAAUCUGCACAAAAGUCCAGUGUCCGUACAAUAAAUUCGGAGAAUUCUGUGCAGAGGACUGCCCUUGCAUCCAAGGCAACUAUGAGAGAUGUUACGUCAGUGGUACAUGCCUGUGUUACUCAGGAUGGACUGGCGAAGACUGUUCCCAAAAAGCCUUUGAAGAUUUUCCGCCGGUCUCCCCUAGCAGAAACUGCACUCUAACCGACGCCAAUUAUUCUGAGGUUUCAAACCAUGGCUGCAUCUCUCUGCCUAGUGUCUGUGCCAAUGAAAGCGAAAAGCGGUCAGAAAAUUGUUCAGAUGACAAAAUGGGGUACAUCACAACCAAUGAACAAUUCAGCGGUCAAAACAAUGCUUCUUUAUACAAAGGACUAAUUUUUGGAAGUUCAAUUGGUGGUGCAUUACUGAUUUCACUUGCAAUAAUCGGAGGAUGUGUUCAUUUCAAAUACAAUCGAAAACAAAAACCGUUACCAAAGGAUACAGGAAAUCAGAAUGGCGACUACGUUGAUCUUUCUUUCCAAAUGAACGUAUACCAAUAUGAACAUUUGUCUUCGUAUCAGAACAUAGGUAGAACUUCGGACGGAACAGACAAAAUGAAAACCUCGGACCUUAUCUACGCAAACCGUGACAAUUAGCAAAAAAGGAUAAUGUAUGUUUUAUUUAGGUCACCUCAGUCACUGAGGUCGUCUGUUGCCACUCGUCUUGGUUUGUCGUCGUUCGUCGCCCAUCGUCCUUAACAAUUCUACAGUUUUUACUUUUUUUUAAUAACUAUAUUUUUUAUCAUUUUGUCAUAUUUAGUUUAAAGCAUCACUAGUUUACGAAGAAUCUUAAUUGUAAAAGAACAAGUGCACUUACGCUAUAGAGAAUGGGCCCUUUUUCAGUGCCGUUUAUAUGUAGAAAAUAUCAACAAAUUUCUUUUUUCUCGUAAUAGUUAAGCACUCAUGGAUACUUCUGAUUUAUAUGCAUGCUUAAUUUUACCAAAAUUAGCAUACAAUUUAAAAAAUUGAGGAUUUUUAAAUGCCUAUAAAUAAUCUAAAUCCGGAAAAAUCGAACCGAACCUACUUGAAUUGUGUCUAUUUAAAUCAGAGGGAGGAGACAUUUAAGUCAACAUUGUUCUGUUGGUGGAUCGAUUGGCGCGUUUGCUGAAUUAUACUUUAUGUAUUAUUUUACGUUUAAAAAAAAUCGAAUGAAGCUUUGAAGUUGCAUAUUUCCAUAGUGACAAACAAACAUUCCUGACCAUACAAAUAUGAUGGAAAGUGAUAUAAAACGUGUCAAUGUUUUACAGUUAGCACAUUUGACAAACGUUUACCUGGAUAGAAACCACGUGAUUGUUUGACAUAAUUUAUUCCAUGCGUGAGUUCAAACAUGGGUCACGCAGGUAAUAGCUUUCGCUUGCUAUAGGAAAAAUCUUGAAAUUUUCAUACGUUUUUCAUUUUUUAGGUACCAGCCUAACCGAGUACAAACUUCUUACUUUCACAGGAGUUUUCUAAAUGUAUAAUGUGUAUUUUGUCUUUUCCACAAGUUUGUACUCGGUUAGCCUGACAGUAAACAAAGGCUUUAAAAUGAAUGCCUGUCCUCGAUUAACUAUACAAAAUCACGAAUGUCUGCUGACCCCUACUAUGUUUUAAAGCUUCGUGCUUUUUUAUAAACAAUAAAUUCAGCGCUAAAACUUGUUAAUUCUUAUGGAAUAGAUAUCAAUAGAUAAUGUUAGGGGGAAAAAUAUGCUUAAUUUGAUUCUUCAUUUUUUCACUUUUUAUCGGGGCCCAUAAGUGCACUCGUCCUUUCUAACUUAGCCACCUCUGGGGACUUAUCCAAAAGUGUCAAGAGUUUGAAUAUUUUCUCCUCCAUUCUGAUAUAUGUGGAAAAAAACUUGACGCUUAAUGGUGAUUGAUAUAGGUUUUGAGUUAAUAUGUAAAACAAAACACAACAAUAACAUACAUUUUGGAUUCAAUUUACCUUACAUUAGGAAUACAUCAUGAAAAAAUAUGUAUUCUUACAAAAAAAAUUCGGGAGUUGUAAUAAAGAUUCGUCAUUAAUCAAAUUUAAGUGUGAAGAACGUUUGAUGUAUUUGUAAAACAAUUGUAGUUCUUAACUUCAUUGUUUUAUAUUUCAGAAUGUUGUAUUAUAAAAAAAUUUCAAAAAAUCUCACAUGCUGUUAUAUAGUUUGAUAUUAUUUGUUAUCGUCAAUAAAGUUUGCAUUGUUAAUUCUAAUUUUUUGCAACGUUUUAUUAUAAUCAUUCGAAAACAUGUGUUAUAUGCCUUCACGUUUAAUUAUCAUUGUUACCUGAAUGUAGUAAGUAUAUUCAGUCAUUACUUUUAUUCAUUUUUAGCAAUAACAAUUGUGUUUUACGCGUUCAUUUUGUAGCAUAAACACUUUACAGUUUAUGAGUUGUAUAUUAGUCAUUAUAGAAAUUGUGAUUUUUUUCUACUUUUUGAUACCUAAGGGGUAACAAAAAUCAAAUUUUGCGUUAUUUAAGAUAAAUUUCAUUUUAAAUGUCAUAAAAUUUUGUCACGUGCAUAAACAAAAGAUAAACACCA